UUCGUACACAAUUUUUGUUUCACUUAUAAAUCACAUUAAGCGAUACCAAAGUAAAGUUAUUAACUUAUAGAAAAAUAAUUAUAUCUAUAUUAGUUUAAUAGAAAUUUAUUGCAUCAAAAUAGUGAUUUUAAAUAAUAUAGCACAUAAGUAAAUUUCAAUAAAAUGUCCAAAGACGACAGGGAAUUGGAUUUGUCAAAUGCAGGUCGUGGUGUAUGGUUGGUUAAAGUACCGAAAUACAUAGCACAGAAGUGGUCAAAAGCUCCAUCAAAUAUGGAUGUUGGGAAAUUACGAAUUACUAAAACCCCAGGACAAAAGGCUCAAGUGUCUUUAUCAUUAACACAAGCAGUUGUAAAUCUGGAUCCAGAGGAAAAAAUUCCUACAGAACAUAUAUUAGAUGUUUCGGUUGUAACCAAACAAACUUUAGGGGUAUUUUCCCAUGUUAUGCCACCUGAAUCAAAUAAUGUAAAUAAUGGAAAGGAUAAAGAGGCGCAAUCUGCUACUGAAUCGGAAAAACUGUACAUGGAAGGGCGUAUUGUGCAGAAGUUGGAAUGCCGCCCAAUUGCAGAUAAUUGUUAUAUGCAAUUAAAACUUGAAUCUAUACGGAAAGCAUCGGUACCUCAGCGCAAGGUUCAGCCAAUAGAUAAAAUAGUGCAGAACUUCAAACCAGUUAAAGACCAUGCUCAUAAUAUCGAGUAUCGUGAGAGAAAGAAGGCGGAAGGUAAAAAAGCUCGCGAUGAUAAAAAUUCAGUCAUGGAUAUGCUUUUUAAUGCUUUUGAAAAACAUCAAUACUAUAAUAUUAAAGAUUUGGUAAAGAUUACAAAACAGCCUAUCGGUUACCUUAAAGAAAUCCUUAAAGAGGUGUGUGAUUACAAUAUGAAAAACCCACAUAAAAAUAUGUGGGAAUUGAAGAAAGAAUACCGCCACUAUAAGACUGAAGAUAAAAAGGAUGAUGAAAAGUCUCCAACUGACAGUGAUUCGGAGUAGAUAAAAAUAUAUUAUUUUAAAGUCAAAAAAUUUAAUUGAUAUUUUUUAAUAAAAAGAGAUUUUCCAUAUAUGUAAACAUCACUAUCAA